CGCGCAACAUUGAACUUGGUAAUUGUAAAUAUUGAAAUAUAAAAUAUAAAUAUUUAUAAUGUCAGCAUCUAAGGUUCCGUCAGUUGUGCAUUGGUUUCGCUUAGAUUUACGUCUUCAUGAUAACCUUACACUUAGAAAUGCAAUUAACGAAGCUGAAAAUCGAAAACAUGUUCUUAGGCCUAUCUACUUUUUAAAUCCUGAAAAAAUUAACAAUUCCGGAAUUAACAGACUACGAUUUCUUUUACAAAGUUUACAAGAUUUAGACGACAACUUACGGAAGUUAAAUACACGCUUGUAUGUUUUUAAAGGUAAAGCAGUGGAUUGUCUGCCAAAUUUGUUUAAACAAUGGCAAGUUACAUUUUUAACUUCACAAGUAGACAUUGACCCAGAAAUAGUAGAGCAAGAUGAAGCUAUAGAAAAGAUUGCUGAAAAAUUGGACAUCUUUAUUGUUAAACGUGUUCAACAUACAGUAUAUGAUUGUAAUGCUGUUUUAAGAAAGAAUAAUGGAUCUGUACCAAUGACAUAUCAAAAGUUUCUUUCAUUGGUACAGGAUAUACAAGUUAAAGAAGUAAUAGAAAUCAAUAAACAAAUAUCAGAUUGUUGUAAAGCACUGGACUUUGAUUGUAAAGACUUUGAUGUCCCAUCUCUGGAUGAAAUUGCUAUUGAUGGAUCAAAUUUAUCCGAAUGUAAAUAUCCAGGUGGAGAAACUGAAGCAUUAAAAAGACUUGACAUGUAUAUGUCAAGAAAAGAGUGGGUUUGUAAAUUUGAAAAACCUAAUUCUUCACCAAAUAGCAUUGAACCCAGCACUACAGUUUUGAGUCCAUAUUUAAGUCAUGGAUGUCUUUCAUCAAAACUAUUUUAUCACAGACUUAAACAAGUUGAAAAUGGAAGGCCUCACACAAUGCCCCCUGUCUCACUUUUGGGACAGUUAAUGUGGCGAGAAUUUUAUUACACUGCAGGUGCAGGCACUGAAAAUUUUGACAAAAUGAUUGGUAAUAAAAUUUGUACACAAAUUCCUUGGGGAAAAAACCCUGAACACUUAAAAGCUUGGGCAGAAGGCAUUACAGGCUAUCCAUUUGUUGAUGCUAUUAUGCGUCAAUUAAAACAAGAAGGUUGGAUACACCAUUUGGCUAGACAUAUGGUUGCAUGUUUUUUAACAAGAGGUGAUUUAUGGAUUUCUUGGGAGGAAGGGGCUAAGGUGUUUGAAAAUUAUCUUCUUGAUUAUGAUUGGUCAUUAAAUGCUGGCAAUUGGAUGUGGUUAUCUGCAUCAGCUUUUUUCUAUAAAUAUUUUAGAGUAUAUAGCCCUAUUGCAUUUGGGAAGAAGACUGAUAAAGAUGGUCUUUAUAUAAGAAAGUAUGUCCCAGAAUUGAAGAAAUAUCCCUCUGAAUACAUUUAUGAACCAUGGAAGGCACCAAAAUCUAUUCAAACAACAGCUGGUUGUGUCAUAGGUGUUGGGUAUCCUAAAAGAAUAGUUGAACAUGAUAAAAUACACAAAGAAAACAUACAAAAAAUGUCACUAGCAUAUAAGGUAAAUAAAGAAAGGAAAGCUAUGAAGAGACCGAGAUCUUAAUGUAGUUGUGUUAUUUAAAUUGUUAGUUGUUUUUUA